AGAUAGGUUGAUAGAUAAACACACAGAUAGAUAGAUGCACAAACAUUCCAAAGUCUUUACAUUCUCACUCACACAUACAUAACAAUGACUUCCACACACACACAUAUUUACCUGCAGACAUACAGACAUACAGAAGUAAGUCACAGACAUGCAUCAACACACAGUGAAAACACUUGUACACAUGCACAGACACCUUUAAACACACACAAAUACACACACACACACACACACACACACACAUAUGCAUGUAUAUACAUAUAUGGAGUUUAAACACACUCUUUACAUGUACUUGUACAUACAUACAUGCACACCUACACUCAUAUAUACAUACACCUUCACAUAGACAAACACACACAUAUACAUCCAUGUAUAAACAGAAGUGUAAACAGAAGCACACACAGCUAUACACAAGCCUAUAUAUACAUCUAUACAUACAUAAAGACACACAUAUAUAUACAUAUACAGAUACAUCCAUAUACAUAUACAGACACAAGUUUAAACAGGCAUACACACAUAUCCAUUUACAUACAAAUACAAACACAAUCAUAAAGAGACACAUUCACACAGCUAUGCACAUACAUAUACACCCAUACAUACAUUCACACAUCCCCAUCCACGCACACAUACAUGUACAGACACAUGUGUAAACAAACGCACACAGACCUACUCACACACACACACAUCCACACACACCUAUGCAUUCAUCCACACAUCCAUAUCCAUACAUAUAUACAUGGACGGACACAAAUGUAAACACACACCAGAGACUCAGCCUGUCUCUCCACUGUGCAACCAAUUCACCAGUUGUCUGGAGAGUAGCAGGUUUAUGGAGGAGUACUGUAUAUAUAUAUAUACACAUAUAUAUAUAUCCUCUGUGUGUGUAUAUACUACUGGCUCUGAAAUGUUAACAUUGGUGAGCAGGAGCUGAGGAGAUGAAGAGGCCUGCAUCUCUGGUUAUGUGGUUGGAACUCCAUCUAUUCUACUCCUUCUUCUUUUCCUUCUUCUUCUUCCCGGUGUCUCUGUCCGUUGAUGUCACUUACCAUUUGGAAGAAGAGAAUAGUCCUGACAGCUACAUAGGAAACAUUGCUACCGAUCUUUGGUUGUUAAGCAACAUUGCAUCGAAGGACCACAGCCUGAUAUCGUUUGACAUGCUCCAGUCACAAGACAGCCCCACUGCCCAGUUAUUUAAUGUAACCCAUGAGGGGAAACUUUAUGCCACACAAACUGUAGAUGCCGAGAUUCUGUGUUUGUAUAAUACAGAAUGUUACAAAAUCCUCAAGAUUGCUGUCCGUAAAGAGGGGACUUUUAUGAAAAUAUUAAAAGUCAAAGUUGUCAUUGAAGAUAUUAAUGACCAAUGGCCUGAGUUCCCAGUGAAAAAAAUUGACAUCCAGUUUUCAGAAGAUGACCGCAACGGUGUUGAGAGGUCAGUUCCCAGUGCUAUUGAUCGUGAUGUUAGCAUUCAGAAUUCCAGAAUAACAUAUGAGCUUCGGAAGAAGAAUAAUGAACCAUUCUCUUUAUCAGUUACUAAAAGAAUGACUGGAAGUUCAAAGUUAGCAAUUGUUUUGGAUAAAAAACUUGACCGAGAAAUGAAUGAUAGUUAUAUACUUCAGGUUGUGGCCAAAAACAGCAAGUUCCAGUUGAGGCAGAGCAUCUUAAAUGUACAAAUAUUGGUGACAGAUGAGAAUGAUAACUUGCCUGUUUUCUCCCAAAACAUUUAUAACACUUCAGUGAAUAAUAUCCAUAAACUAUGCCGACCCCUGAUUGUGUUGUCUGCAACUGACCUGGAUUCUGGUAAAAAUGGUCAGCUGACAUAUCUGAUCAGUACAGAAACUUCAUUAGUUGCUAGAGAAUAUUUUCAUCUUAAUGAAACAUCAGGUGCAAUUUAUUUGGGCAAAAACUUUACGUCUAAACAUAAAAAGACGUACAAAUUGUUAGUAGAAGCCCGAGACAAUGGAGACCCACCUCUCAGUUCAACAGCAUUAGUAUAUAUUCAGGUGGUAAACAUAGAAAAUAAUCCACCAAUUAUUGAUAUUAAUUUUGUGUUUCAGUUAAGCAGAAAUGUGGGGGAAAUUUCAGAGAAAAUCAACAUCGAUAGUUUUAUAGCUUAUGUUAGUGUGAUUGAUAAUAACAUGGGUAAAAAUGGUGAAGUGAAGUGUGACCUGCAUCAUGCUAAAUUCCAACUGUUGGAUUUGGGGCCUAAUGAAUACAAAAUGACAUUGAAACAACCUGUUGACAGAGAGAUAAGGGACCACUAUGAUAUUACCAUUUCUUGCCAAGACAAAGGAACCCCUCCUUUACAAACUCUAAAGAAGUUCUCCAUCAAAGUAAUGGACGUGAACGAUGUUAAACCUAUGUUUAACAAAAAUACUUUUAAAUUUCUGACUUAUGAAAAUGGGAAACCAAACUUUCCCAUUGGUUUUAUAAAUGCUACUGACCCUGAUAUGGGAGCUGGAGGUCAACUGACUUUUUCUCUGCUGAGUACCAGCAAACAUGUGAUACCAUUCCAGAUAACUGAUUAUGGUUUUAUCUCAACCACUAUACCACUGGAUAGAGAACAACAAAAUGUUUAUAAGUUCCAAGUAUUUGUCAAAGACAAUGGGAAUCCUUCAUUAAAUAACACAGCCAAUGUGAUUGUUGAGGUUUUAGAUGAGAAUGAUAAUGCCCCUUAUUUCACCUUCCCUAGUUCGGACCCUUUCAGUUUAGAUGUCCAUUAUCAUCCCCAAAGUAAAAAAGAAAUCACUAUUUUAAGGGCUUCAGACAGGGACAGUCAUAUGAAUUCAUUUCUCAGAUAUGAAAUACUCAAAGGAAACAUUAAACAGUUAUUUGCAGUGAACCCUUAUACAGGUGUCUUAUCAUAUUCUCGGACAGUUUACCAAAACGAUGCUGGAUCCUAUCAACUGGAGUUUGCUGUAAAAGACAGUGGUACUCCUGUUCUGUCAGCCACUACAACUGUCUCUUUGACACUGACCGUUAGUAACAAGACAUCUCCAGCACUGUCCACCGUCCAGUUAAAGUCUGAUAAAAUGAUCAACUUAACUUGGGUCAUUGUUAUUGUCACAUCUGCUGUGAUAGUGUCGGUGGCGAUCGUAGUGUCCAUAACUCUGUGUGUGGUCAGAUGUAACAAUAACCGAAACAACCAGUAUAUCACGGAAAUCAACUCCGACCGAGAAAAAAGCCAUUAUACAUGCGUUACGAAGAAAUCAGACACACUAAACAGGAGUUCCAAUGAUAUGAUGGCCAGGAAUACUCAGUUGAUAGAAACUAAAGCCGAAUUUUAUCCUCAAUAUGAGUCACAAAGUGAAUGGACCACAUCAACCAUUGACAAAAGACCUCAAUCAGUUCUGCUGCUUCCAGCCCGCGGUUCUAAGAGUCGAUGAAGCGGAGACUGAGAGACUACUGGGAUGUUCCAGCUUUUGUUCUGCUAGAUGUGUGCUUCUAGUGUAGCUCAACUGCGCUCCACUGUACUGCUGUAUACACAUCUAUAUACAUACAUGCACACACAUACACAUGUACAUCCACACACACACACAUACAUGCAUAUAUGUAUAUAUAUAUAUAUAUGUGUGUGUGUAUAAGCACAUACAUAUAUAUAUAUAUAAUUAUAUAUAUAUAUAUGUGUGUGUGUGUGUGUGAGUGUGUAGAUGUUUCUACAUAUAUGUACAUAUGUGCAUGGUUUGUGUGUUUAUGUGUGUAUAUGAGUGUGUAUAGAAUUGUAAUGAAUCAAUGUUUGCACAUUGGACAUUUAUUGAAAUAUGGUCAGAUUCAUAUUGUGUAUAUAUUUAUAUGUUAUAUACACUCAUUAUACAUACAUGACAGUGUUUAUUGGUUUUUAUCAUCUGUAUUUAUAGACAGAGUCACAUAUACAUAAAUACACACAUUUCUACUUGUGUGUGCGUG